UCAAGACGUAACGCGCCCGGCAGUGGCGUUUGUCGCGGCGCGAAGCCAUGAAGCUCGCGCUGCUGUUGGCCUCUUUGGGGUGUUCCUUUGCGCAUGAGUAUCCCCAUUAUGUACCGGCCUGUGGCAGCUGUGGCACUGCAGAAGCAGCUGCAGAUCAAGCUGCUAGGGAGCACAAGUCCUUGGCCGAACAGGCGGACGCGGCCUCUCGAGCGGCGGCCGGUGAAGCCCACGCGCUGGGCCUGUCCGCUGGGUACCAGGCGCAGUAUGCCGGAAAGGCAGCCUUUCAGGUCUACCAGAAGGCCCAAAUGCCUUUGGCCAGUUGCAGCUAUGAAGCAGCGAAGGAGGCAGCUGACACUGCUAAGGCCAAUGGUUUGGACAUCGAUGCGCAGCUGAAUGCCGGUGCCGUCACAGCGGCCUUGUCUUUGGCGUCAAUUGGCCAAAGCGGCCAGCAGCAGGCAGAUGGAGCCUUUGCAGCUGCGAAGGCUUUGACCCAAGAGUUGCUGCCGGCCUCAAAGCAAGCGGCGGCGUUGGAUACUCUGGAUGGGCCUAUUAGCUUCAUUACUGGGGUCCUCCCUACCGGGCGGUGGCACCCUGGACCAGGCUCUCUUGGAACACCUUCCAGCCCUGUAAAUGAAGAGCCACUUGCUCCAGCAGCCGCGCCAGUUGAAGAGGUAGUGAUGGACAUCAACAGCGACGUCUCGGGCACAGCCCUCCGGGAGCGGGGCUUGCCUGGAUGGGCGUGGUUCUUCAUCUCAUUCGCAGUGACCUGGCGGGAGCAUCUCGGGUUGUUUGGCUUCUCAGAUUUGAUCCUCCCGGUCAUCUUGGUCCCGAUGUGUUGCAUGACCCUGUGACCGAGAAGAGAUCGCUUGGUGGCCGCUGGCCUCGCUGGCUCUGUGAUUUUCUGCUACAGAAAUAUGGGCGAUUCUCGCGACAGCUCUUUGCUGGAAGAGGACGAAGAAGAUGAGCUGGAGUGAGUGGUGAAGCGAUCAAAGCGAACGAACAUCCGUGGGACGUUCAUUCACACAGCAGAGAACAUGACCGUGACAUGAAC